AUGCCCCGUCACGGGACCCUCUUGAUGCAUUUCCCUUCCCUGCACUCCCUCAACCUCUCCAGCAAUGCCCUGCUGGUGCUGAGCCCGGCAGUCUUCUCCAACCUCGGGGCACUGCACCUGCUGGACCUGAGCAGCUGCAGCAUCGCCUACCUCCACAGAGACGCUUUCCAGGGCCUGGGGAGCUUGCACACACUGCUCCUGAGCAACAACAGUCUACAAGAGCUGGAGGUCCCUUUCUUCCUGCCGCUGAAGGCUCUUUUCCAGCUGGACCUCCAGCACAACGCGCUGGUGUCUGUGGAUGCUGGGAGCCUGCAGGUGAUGGAGGCAGUCCCGCAGGUCCGGCUGGAAGGGAACCCCUGGGUCUGUGACUGCACUGUGUACCCCCUGCGGCGGUGGCUACAGCGCAGGCAAGCUGUGCAGGUGACCUGCGCAUCACCCCCGGGGCUGCGGGGCCGGGAGGUCGCAGCUCUGGAUUCCCAGGACCUGGGCUGCCCCGUGAAGCAGCGGUUUCCCCGGGGGGCCAGCACAGCGCCGCAGAUCACAGCAGUGACCCAAGGCAACACCACCACACCGCCCACAGGGAAGGGGGGAAGGAGCUGGCCAUACCUGGUGGCCUUCCUGGUGGCAGCGAUCAGCAUCUCUAUCUUGAUUGCGCUGGCUGCCAAGUGCAAGCUCGUCCACAAGAACUUUGCCAGCUACCGCCAUCGGCCGCUGCCUGAAACCAGCUCGACCGGGGGCAGCCCCAUGGAGGACAGCAGCAGCUGGGACAGGGGCUCCUCAGGCCUGGAGGCCAGUGAGACGCCGUGUCCGGCCGCCCUGCAAGUUGACGAUGACGAUGGCUUCAUCGAGGACAACUACAUCCAGCCAAGGGAGCAGCUGCCGGAGGGAGAGGAGCGGGAGCCUCACCUCUCCAUCUGA